CGCUCGGCGGCGCCCGGCCGCGGGCCUCCCGGGGCCAGAGCCCGAGGGCCGCCGCGAUGGCCCUCAAGAUGGUCAAGGGCAGCAUCGACCGCAUGUUUGACAAGAACCUGCAAGACCUGGUCCGCGGCAUCCGCAACCACAAGGAGGACGAGGCAAAGUACAUCUCGCAGUGCAUUGAUGAGAUCAAGCAGGAGCUGAAGCAGGACAGCAUCGCCGUGAAGGCCAACGCCGUCUGCAAGCUGACCUACUUACAGAUGCUGGGAUACGACAUCAGCUGGGCCGCCUUCAACAUCAUCGAAGUGAUGAGCGCCUCCAAGUUCACGUUCAAGCGCAUCGGCUACCUCGCGGCUUCCCAGUGCUUCCACGAAGGCACCGACGUCAUCAUGCUGACGACCAAUCAGAUCCGGAAGGACCUGAGCAGCCCCAGCCAGCACGACACUGGAGUUGCACUGACGGGUCUCUCCUGUUUUGUUACCCCAGAUCUUGCCAGAGACUUGGCAAAUGACAUCAUGACCCUGAUGUCGCACACGAAGCCCUACAUCAGGAAGAAGGCCGUGCUGAUCAUGUACAAGGUGUUCCUGAAGCACCCCGAGUCGCUGCGCCCCGCCUUCCCCCGGCUGAAGGAGAAGCUGGAGGACCCCGACCCUGGGGUGCAGUCUGCGGCCGUCAAUGUCAUCUGCGAGCUGGCCCGGCGCAACCCCAAGAACUACCUGUCCCUGGCCCCGCUGUUCUUCAAGUUGAUGACGUCAUCCACCAACAACUGGGUGCUCAUCAAGAUCAUCAAGCUGUUCGGCGCUCUGACCCCGCUGGAGCCGAGGCUGGGCAAGAAGCUGAUCGAGCCCCUCACCAACCUCAUCCACAGCACGUCGGCCAUGUCCCUCCUCUAUGAAUGUGUGAACACUGUGAUCGCAGUGCUCAUCUCCCUGUCCUCGGGCAUGCCCAACCACAGCGCCAGCAUCCAGCUCUGUGUUCAGAAGUUGAGGAUAUUAAUAGAAGACUCUGACCAGAACUUGAAGUACCUGGGGCUGCUGGCCAUGUCCAAGAUCCUGAAGACACACCCCAAGUCCGUGCAGUCCCACAAAGACCUCGUGCUGCAGUGCCUGGACGACAAGGACGAGUCCAUCCGCCUGCGCGCCCUGGACCUGCUCUACGGGAUGGUGUCCAAGAAGAACCUGAUGGAGAUCGUGAAGAAGCUGAUGGCACACGUGGACAAGGCCGAGGGCACCGGCUACCGGGACGAGCUGCUCACCAAGAUCAUCGACAUCUGCAGCCAGUCCAACUACCAGCACAUCACCAACUUCGAGUGGUACAUCAGCAUCCUGGUGGAGCUGACCCGGCUGGAGGGCACGCGCCACGGCCACCUCAUCGCCGCCCAGAUGCUGGACGUGGCCAUCCGCGUGAAGGCCAUCCGCAGGUUUGCCGUGUCGCAGAUGUCCGCGCUGCUCGACAGCGCGCACCUGGUGGCCAGCAGCACGCAGCGGAACGGCAUCUGCGAGGUGCUCUACGCCGCCGCCUGGAUCUGUGGGGAGUUCUCGGAGCACCUGCAGGAGCCCCAGCACACCCUGGAGGCCAUGCUGCGGCCCAAGGUCACCACGCUGCCAGGCCACAUCCAGGCCGUGUACGUGCAGAACGUGCUCAAGCUCUAUGCGUGCAUCCUGCAGCAGAAGGAGCAGGCGGGCGAGCCGGAGGCCGCGCACGAGGUCACCCAGCUGCUGGUGGAGCGGCUGCCCCAGUUCGUGCAGAGCGCGGACCUGGAGGUGCAGGAGCGGGCGUCCUGCAUCCUGCAGCUGGUCAAACACGUGCAGAAGCUGCAGGCCAAGGCCGUGCCCGUGGGCGAGGAAGUCAGUGCUCUCUUCGCUGGGGAGCUGAACCCCGUAGCCCCCAAGGCCCAGAAGAAGGUUCCGGUUCCUGAAGGCCUAGAUCUGGAUGCCUGGAUCAACGAGCCCCCCUCAGACAGCGAGUCCGAGGACGAGAGGCCCAAGGCCAUCUUCCACGACGAGGAGCAGAGGCAGGCCGGGCCCCGGCAGCCCGAGCUGGACGAGGAGGAGCUGGCCCGGCGGCGAGAGGCCAGGAGGCAGGAGCAGGCCAGCAACCCGUUCUACAUCAAGAGCUCGCCGUCCCCCCAGAAGCGCUACCAGGACGCCCCGGGCGUGGAGCACAUCCCCGUGGUGCAGAUCGACCUCUCGGUGCCGCUCAAAGUUCCAGGCCUGCCCUUGUCGGACCAGUACGUGAGGCUGGAGGAGGAGCGGCGGCACCGGCAGAAGCUGGAGAAAGACAAGAGGAAGAAGAGGAAGAAGAAGGAGGAGAAGCGGGGCCGGCGCCGGCACGGCUCCCUGCCCACCGAGAGCGACGAGGACAUCGCGCCCGCCCAGCAGGUGGACAUCGUCACCGAGGAGAUGCCCGAGAACGCUCUGCCCAGUGAUGAGGACGACAAAGACCCCAACGACCCCUACAGGGCCCUGGACAUCGACCUGGACAAGCCCUUGGCCGACAGCGAGAAGCUGCCCGUCCCGAAGCACAGGGAUGUGGAGGCCACGAAGUCCCCCGAGAAGGAGGGUCCCGCGGCGGAGAGGAAGAGCAAGAAGCCCAAGAAGAAGGAGAAGCCGCACAAGGAGCGGGGCAGGGGCAGAGCGAGGAGGGGGCAGGAGGGCGAGCAGGGUGACGACUUGGACCUCUGGCUGUCCACCGCCCCGUCCACGGCUGAGCUCGGGGUGAGCGCCGUCGCUGCUCCCAAGGACGGCAGUGAGGAGCCCAAGAGAGAGGAGGAGGCGGCACAGGACCUGGGCAAGAAGUCGUCCACACACAAGAAGAAGAAACACAAGAAGGAGAAGGAGGAGAGAUCCAAAGAUAAGAAGAAACCCAAGAAGAAGAGGCCGGAGCCGGAGGAGGCGCCGGAGCCCGUGGAGAACGGCUCCUUGGAGGAGGAGCCCCUGCCGCCCAUGUCCAGCUACUGUCUCCUGGCCGAGAACGAGUACGUUAAAAUGACGUACGACGUCCAGGGCAGCCUGCAGGACAGCCAGGUGACCGUGUCCAUCAUCCUGGAGAACCACGGCCGCAGCCUGCUGAAGGGCAUGGAGCUCAACGUGCUGGACUCGCUCAACGCCCGCAUGGCCCGGCCCGAGGGCUGCUCCGUCCACGCCGGCGUCCCCGUGCCUUUCCAGCUGCCCCCAGGGGUCUCCAACGAAGCCCGGUUCGUGUUCAGCGUCCAGAGCAUCGUCAUGGCCCAGAAGCUCAAGGGCACCCUGUCGUUCAUCGCGAAGGACGAGGAGGGGGCCACCCAUGAGAAGCUGGACUUCAAGCUGCUCUUCAGCUGCAGCUCGUACCUGGUCACCACGCCGUGCUACAGCGACGCCUUUGCCAAGUUGUUGGAGUCUGGGGACCUGAGCGUGAGCUCCGUCAAGGUUGACGGCAUCAGCAUGUCCUUCCAGAACCUUCUGGCAAAGAUCUGCUUUCACCACCAUUUCUCCGUGGUGGAGAGGGUGGACUCCUGCGCCUCCAUGUACAGCCGCUCCAUCCAGGGCCACCACGUGUGCCUGCUGGUGAAGAAGGGCGAGCGCUCCGUGUCCGUGGACGGGAAGUGCAGCGACGCGACCAUGCUGGGCAGCCUGCUAGACGAGCUCAAGGGGACGCUGGCCCAGUGCUGAGCCGCGCGCAUUGAACCGCACCGCUGUCCACUGUGCAGACGGCCGGGCCUGUGGCGUUGGUUUAUUUGUCCUCCGACUCUGCCCUCACCCAGCCCCAGACCAGCAGGCGGCGGCCCCGGCGCGGGGGCUGCCCCCGGCCGCCGGGACCCCCGGGCUGGGGCCUGGCAGGCAGCAGGGGCGGGUGCUCGGCGGGUAGAUGUGGUGCCCACCCACCCCCGGGGCCAUCAGCUGCUCGCGCCCCCAGACACCCCGAGUGGCGGGGCGGUGGGGGAGGCACAGGGCAGGCCGGCUGCCCUCCAGGACCCGCGGUGGGAACGGAUGUGGCCGCCGGGCCAGGGGAUGGGACCUUUGGCGCCACCGUCUUGUUCAGGGGGAGCCCGUCUCGCUGGGCUCUGCUCAGGGGUGACUGGCGUCGUCAUUCCGUGUCCUGUCUGUCCCUACGUGGCACCCACAGCUGCGGGAGGCACCUGUGGGCGCCCUGAUGGCGCAGGGCCAGCACCCUGGGUGCGCUCGCUGCCCGCGCCGCCGGUGGUGGCGCCCUGGGGCUGGCCGUCCCCAGGCACGGUGGGGGGACCCCGGCCUCUUCCUCGGCGCUGACGGCCUCGUGACGCUGUACCUCCCCUCGAUGUCACUUAGCAUGUAGCGUUCCUAGCACAGCGUGCGCGUGACCCCAGGACGCGUCCCGAGGGCACGGGGCCUGCCCGCCACUGUCGUGAUCUGUGUCCAGAUGAUCAAUAAAGUUGCAAA